AACGAAGCCACGAGCGUUCCAAAUUCAAAACCGUUCAGUACGGCCGCGGCACGCCACGCUGCUCUGUCACCAUGUCAGCCAAAAACAACGACAGGACAAGAUGGAGAAGGAAAAAGUCCCCCAAGAAAAUAGAAGAGGACAAUGACUGCGCAAGCCUUGCGUGGCUCCUGAACUUCAGGCUGGAUGAGAUUGUGAACGUCAAAGUUCCUGAUGAUGAAGUCGAGGAGCCGAAGGAGGUUCCUGAGGUGUCGGUGUCGAAGAAACCGCCUUACACCUACCCAGAGCUCAUCGAGAGGGCGUUGAGAGAAAAGGGAGAGUUGACCGUGUCGGCCAUAUACCAAUGGAUCUCAGACCGCUUCCCCUUCUACAAAGCGAAUGACGAGCGCUGGAAGAACUCUGUCCGACACAACCUGUCCAUCAACCCUCACUUCCGCAAGGGUGCCAGGGCUCCCCAGGGCGCCGGCCACCUGUGGUCCCUGGCCGCUAAUGCCAUUGAUCUGUUACCACUGAGGAACAUCCCCGUCCAGGAGAACGUGGUCGAAAUCAACCACGGCACGAAGAUCCUCGGGUUUCCUAAAGUCAUCGUCUUGGAUGAGGCGGCCAUCGCGGCUGCCAGCAUCAUACCAGAUCAAGACUUGUUCAGCGGUAGUACAAUGUUCCUGAACCCAGUGUCCACAGAACAGGUCGUCAGGGAAUGUGGACUCAUCACCGUCGACUAGUGCCUAUUUAGAUGAAGCUGUGAUGCAAUUGUGGUGUUGGAAAUGCCUUGGUUUCUUUAGUUUUACUAUCAGGUGAUGAAUUUAUUUGAAAUGAAUUAUAGUGUGUUGGCAUGAAAAAUAUAAAGAAUGUGCUCAAAAUAUAGGGUUCUUGUAAGUCCGUUUCCUCGGUAAGAAUUUUGGCACUAAUUUGCCUAAUUGUUGAUUUAAUAUCCUUAGUUACAAUAGACCGUAAAAUUAUUAUACGUAACUAAAAGAUUAUGCGAGCGAAUUGGCUCUCCAAUUAUUCAAGUGUAUGUAAAAAAUGGUAGCAAUGUUUAUUCUUCGAAAAUAUUUAUCUAUGUUUUUGUAAUCAACGUCUCACGCCACAAUUGCAUUAACGAUAAUUAGAAUAAACAAAUGUUUAUUUGCGAUAUAUAAGAUAAUGAAGGAAAAGAUGAAAACCUCAAAGAAAGUGUGGCAUCUACCUUCUCAUUUCUUACCGCAAGUACUCUAAUGAAAUAGUUUAGUGUUUCAUUGAAAUGACUGCGGGUUGUUUAUCAUGCCGUAAAUGAUGUAAUAUUAUUUUGGUCUUAAUUAUACAAAGGUUUGUAAAGCCAUGAAAAUACGGUAUACAAUUAUUUAUAUAUUAUUUACUUUAAAUUUUGGUCGCGGCUCGACGCGCGUGGUAAACCUUUUCUUCAAAGUGCCUUAAAUAUUAGGCAAAAUAUAACGUUCAUUUUCGGGUUUCAAACGGGCCAGCAAAAUUGUGUUGACUGGUGAGGGAUAAUUUCUCGUUGUCGACACUAUCUGGGCCCUCCUCCUCUUAGCAUCAGGUGUUGUAGGGUCUUUGCUAUGUCCGUAUAAAAAAAUCCAGGACACAGUCUAUCUGAAUACCGUUUUCUGCGUUUCCUCCAUACAAAUUGUUACGCGCUGCUAUCCUAGCCGAUGACAUCGGGCGUUUCCGGAAGUAUUCGGCUGCGCGGUCUGGCUGGCAGAAGAGAAGAUUGACACGCGGCGACUAUUCUGAUUCUCUCUGGUUGUACGCAGUCAAAAAAUGUUUAAAUUGUAUUCUGUAAUUAUUUUUGUUAAUAUAAUAUUUAAUACUAAGAAAUAAAAAGAGCGUUUAACAAAACUUCACAAACCGUCGCAUCUAUUAAGUACGAUCGGCAAAGUCAUUUCAUUUAAACGCUAACUAAGUAUGACAUUGAUAGAAAAAUAUUAUGAUAAUAAUUGUUUGGCGAUCUCGUAGUAAUGGUAAUUAAGGCGAUGUAUUUAAUAGCAAUAGUUUUAAUAAAAUAUUUGAAGUGAU